AUGAGCGAGACACAGCUUUCAACACCAAAGACCGAUCACGGUCAACAGCCAACGCUUAAGUUGACGCCAGCGAUUGACGACCAUUUGGCCAGAACCCUCAAGCAGAAGCCAUUGCGUUACAAAGGGUCCUUCGACUCUUACAAUCAUUUUGAAAUCUCGCCAUAUAUUGGGACAGAGUUUCCAAAAGGUUCCAUUAGUCUCCGUGACCUGCUGAAAGCUCCCAACAGUGAUGAACUAUUGAAGGACCUUGCGGUUCUUAUAGCCGAGAGAGGUGUCAUCUUAUUCAGAGACCAGGAUUUGACUCCUGAUGAGCACUCCUUGUUGGUGAAGAAACUAUCCACAUUACCACUUGGUCAAAAACCUGAAGAUGCACUGUUGCAUAUCCAUCCAAUGACACACUCCAACCCAGAAUUCGGGGACCAUUUUGUCAAGAUCUACUCGAAGCUGAAUGAGGUUUACAAAGGUGAUAAAAGAGGAAUCACUCAAAGAACAACGGGACUUUUCCAUUCUGACUUGAACUAUGAGAGAAGACCAGCAUUGUUAAGUGCACUAAGAAUGACGGUUGUUCCUGAGGAUGGUGCAGGUGGAACUGUCUUUGGAUCUGGGUAUCACGCCUAUUCCCGACUUACCCCAACAUUUGCUCGUUUCCUAGAGAACUUGACUGCUCACUCAGAUUGGACAACAAAUCUGAAACUGUUUGACUCCAAAACUGGUGAUCAUUAUAGGGAGGUUAGAGGUGCAGAGAAUGUGGGCGCACAGGUUGUGUCCGAUCAUCCAGUUGUAAGAACUAAUCCAAUAACGGGGUGGAAAUCUCUCUACUACAGUGUUAUUCACAACCGGUAUAUCAAUGAGUUGGAUUACGAUGAGUCCCUUGCAGUGAUGCAGUUCAUUGAGAGAUCAUUAACUGAGAACCAUGAAUACCUCAUCAAGAUCAGAUGGCAGAAAAAUGACAUCGCUAUAUGGGACAAUAGAUCCACCUUCCAUUCAGCUACAAUGGAUUAUGAUGGGCAAUCGUCAUAUAGGGAGGGUUUUAGAGUUACCACUUUGGGUGAAAUCCCUUACCUUGAUCCAGCAUCAAUUUCCAUCAAGGAAUAUGAAGAAGCCCUGAAGAACCAAGCUCGUUGA